AUGAGUAUUAAAGAUCCCCAAAAUACCCAAAAUGCAGUUGAAAAGCCUGUUGGUGUAACAUCACCAUAUGGAAACAAUCUUCAUCACAAAGAAAACACAACACAUGGGAGUUUCGCAUUUACGACUCAAGAGACCGGGAAUUACCUGGCAUGCUUUUGGGUAGAUGGGGGUAAUCAAGGAGGUCACGAGGUUAGUGUGAACCUUGACUGGAAAAUUGGAAUUGCAGCCAAGGAUUGGGACUCAGUUGCUAAGAAGGAGAAGAUUGAGGGAGUUGAGCUUGAAUUGAGAAAGCUAGAAGGAGCAGUAGAGGCCAUCCAUGAGAAUUUGCUCUAUUUGAAGGGAAGGGAAGCAGAGAUGAGGAUUGUGAGUGAAAGAACAAAUGGCAGAGUGGCAUGGUUUAGUAUUAUGUCUUUAGGUAUCUGCAUUGGAGUUUCAGCUUUGCAAUUGUGGCAUUUGAAGAGAUUCUUCCAGAAGAAGAAGCUUAUAUAGGUUAUUCCAGCAUUAAUUUUAUUUUACUAGUGAAACAACGAUCAUACACAAGUUUCUUUUUUCCUUUUCGUUUUUUAACGAGUCCUACUCACAAGUAGUAGCCAGAAAAUUUUCGUUACCACUUACAAAGUUUCCAACUUUUCUUAUCCAUG